UUUUCUCGUCUUUCAUAAACAUGGCGGACGGUGAGGUGAAACUCGCACAAACUGCCGCUCCAGGCGGUGAUACAAUCUUUGGGAAAAUAUUACGUAAAGAAAUCCCUGCAAAUUUCAUUUACGAAGACGAACAAUGCGUAGCAUUCAAUGAUGUGAACCCACAAGCUCCUACUCAUGUAUUGGUGAUACCAAGGAAGCCUAUUCCGCAGCUCUCGCUGGCUGAUGAUACUGAUGAACAGCUGUUAGGACAUCUCCUAAUUGUUGCCCGUAAAGUUGCUGCCCAGCUAGGCCUGGACAAGACAGGCUUCCGCCUCGUUGUUAACGAUGGAAAGAAUGGCGCCCAAAGCGUUUACCACCUUCACAUUCAUAUCCUCGGAGGAAGGCAGAUGCAGUGGCCACCUGGCUAAAUUAUUGUCUAUAGCAAUUUAAAAAUUUCAUGGCAAAAAUUAAAUUUUACGUCUUUAGAAAUUAGCAGUCUUUAGUUGAAAUAGUUAA